AGGUGAAGGCGCCUUUGGGGGAGGAGGAGCAGGAGGAGGUGACGCAGGAGAGACGCACCGCCCGGAGCCCGUCUGAGUGCCCCGCGCGAGCCCCUGCUCGAGGGGAGUCGGGGGAAGAGGGCGGCCGUCGGCGUCCUGCAGCGGCGAGCCCGGCGGCUGCAGCCCCGCGCCGCUCCCGGGAGCCCGGCCGCCUCGGACGUGCCCGGGACCGAGCCUCCCCGCCGGCCGCCUCCGCGCGCCCCGCUUCGAAGACGCCCGAGCCGAGUGGUUAUGCAAUGGUCUCUGCAGGAUGUUUUCUUCUUGAAUUGGACCUUUUCAAGACUAACAAAUGCUGGUACUUCACCUUCUAUAAGUGGACUAUAAUUUCUUUUUUCAAGACUACUACAUAAGCAGACAAAAUUGCAAAGAUCUGCCCUGUAUCGAGUAUGACAGCCACGACUCGUGGCUCUCCAGUAGGGGGGAAUGACAACCAGGGCCAGGCUCCUGAUGGACAGUCUCAGCCCCCCCUUCAACAGAAUCAGACCUCAUCACCUGAUUCUUCAAAUGAAAAUUCCCCGGCAACUCCUCCAGAUGAGCAAGGUCAGGGAGAUGCUCCACCACAGCUUGAAGAUGAGGAACCUGCAUUUCCACAUACUGACCUAGCAAAGUUGGAUGACAUGAUUAAUAGGCCUCGAUGGGUGGUUCCAGUUUUGCCGAAAGGGGAAUUAGAAGUGCUUUUAGAAGCUGCAAUUGAUCUUAGUAAAAAAGGCCUGGAUGUUAAAAGUGAAGCUUGUCAGCGAUUUUUUCGAGAUGGAUUAACAAUAUCAUUCACUAAGAUUCUUACCGAUGAGGCAGUGAGUGGCUGGAAGUUUGAAAUUCACAGGUGUAUUAUCAACAAUACUCAUCGCCUGGUGGAGCUAUGUGUGGCCAAGUUGUCCCAAGAUUGGUUUCCACUGCUAGAACUUCUCUCAAUGGCCUUAAAUCCUCAUUGCAAAUUUCAUAUCUACAAUGGUACUCGUCCAUGUGAAUCUGUUUCUUCCAAUGUUCAGUUGCCUGAAGAUGAACUCUUUGCUCGUUCUCCGGACCCUCGAUCACCAAAAGGUUGGCUAGUGGAUCUUCUGAACAAAUUCGGCACUUUAAACGGCUUCCAGAUACUGCAUGAUCGUUUCAUUAAUGGAUCGGCAUUAAAUGUUCAGAUAAUUGCAGCCCUUAUUAAACCAUUUGGACAGUGCUAUGAGUUUCUCACUCUUCAUACAGUGAAAAAAUACUUCCUUCCAGUAAUAGAAAUGGUUCCACAGUUUUUGGAAAACUUAACUGACGAAGAAUUGAAAAAAGAAGCAAAGAAUGAAGCUAAAAAUGAUGCUCUUUCAAUGAUUAUUAAGUCAUUGAAGAAUUUAGCUUCGAGAGUUCCAGGACAAGAAGAAACUGUAAAAAAUUUAGAAAUAUUUCGGCUAAAAAUGAUACUCAGAUUGUUGCAGAUAUCUUCUUUCAAUGGAAAGAUGAAUGCAUUGAAUGAAGUUAAUAAGGUGAUAUCAAGUGUAUCAUACUACACCCACCGGCAUGGUAACCCUGAGGAGGAAGAAUGGCUCACAGCUGAACGAAUGGCUGAAUGGAUACAGCAGAACAAUAUCUUAUCCAUAGUCCUGCGAGAUAGUCUUCAUCAGCCUCAAUAUGUAGAAAAGCUAGAGAAGAUUCUUCGUUUCGUCAUCAAAGAAAAAGCAUUGACCUUACAAGAUCUUGAUAAUAUCUGGGCAGCACAGGCGGGAAAGCAUGAAGCAAUUGUGAAGAAUGUACAUGAUCUUCUGGCAAAAUUGGCAUGGGAUUUUUCUCCUGAACAACUUGAUCAUCUUUUUGAUUGCUUUAAGGCCAGUUGGACAAAUGCAAGUAAAAAACAACGUGAAAAGCUACUUGAACUGAUACGUCGUCUUGCAGAAGAUGAUAAAGAUGGUGUGAUGGCACACAAAGUGUUGAAUCUGCUGUGGAAUCUGGCCCACAGUGAUGAUGUUCCUGUCGACAUCAUGGACCUGGCACUCAGUGCUCACAUCAAAAUACUAGACUAUAGUUGCUCCCAGGAUCGUGACACACAGAAGAUUCAGUGGAUAGAUCGUUUCAUUGAAGAACUUCGCACAAAUGACAAAUGGGUUAUACCUGCAUUGAAACAAAUCAGAGAAAUUUGUAGCUUAUUUGGUGAAGCACCUCAAAACUUAAGUUCUUCUCGUUUCAGUCAAACACAGCGAAGUCCCCAUGUAUUUUAUCGCCAUGAUUUAAUCAAUCAACUUCAGCACAAUCAUGCCCUAGUUACUUUGGUAGCAGAGAACCUUGCAACUUAUAUGGAAAGCAUGAGACUGUAUGCUAGAGACCAUGAAGUUUAUGAUCCACAAACUGUGAGGCUGGGCAGUAGAUACAGUCACGUUCAAGAAGUCCAAGAACGACUUAACUUCCUUAGAUUUUUACUGAAGGACGGCCAACUAUGGCUAUGUGCUCCUCAGGCCAAACAAAUAUGGAAAUGCUUAGCAGAGAAUGCAGUUUACCUUUGUGAUCGGGAAGCCUGUUUUAAGUGGUAUUCAAAGCUGAUGGGGGAUGAGCCAGAUUUGGAUCCUGAUAUUAAUAAGGACUUCUUUGAAAGUAAUGUUCUUCAGCUUGAUCCUUCCCUCUUAACGGAAAAUGGAAUGAAAUGCUUUGAGCGAUUCUUCAAGGCUGUAAAUUGUCGAGAAGGAAAAUUAGUAGCAAAACGGAGAGCAUAUAUGAUGGAUGAUUUGGAAUUAAUAGGAUUAGACUACCUUUGGAGGGUUGUAAUUCAGAGUAAUGAUGAUAUUGCCAGCAGAGCUAUAGAUCUCCUCAAAGAGAUAUAUACAAAUCUUGGACCAAGGCUGCAGGUCAAUCAGGUGGUGAUCCAUGAAGACUUCAUUCAGUCUUGCUUUGAUCGUUUGAAAGCCUCUUAUGACACACUGUGUGUUUUGGAUGGUGACAAAGACAGUAUUAAUUGUGCAAGACAGGAAGCUGUUCGAAUGGUUCGAGUAUUAACUGUCUUAAGAGAAUACAUAAAUGAAUGUGACAGUGAUUAUCAUGAGGAAAGAACAAUUCUACCUAUGUCAAGAGCUUUUCGUGGUAAACACCUGUCUUUUCUAGUUAGAUUCCCAAACCAGGGCAGACAGGUUGAUGACUUGGAUGUAUGGUCUCAUACCAAUGAUACAAUUGGUUCUGUACGAAGAUGUAUUCUCAAUCGUAUCAAAGCCAAUGUAGCUCAUACCAAAAUUGAGCUCUUUGUGGGUGGUGAAUUGAUAGAUCCUGCAGAUGACAGAAAAUUGAUUGGACAAUUAAACCUAAAAGAUAAAUCGCUAAUUACAGCCAAACUUACACAGAUAAGUUCCAAUAUGCCUUCAAGCCCUGAUAGUUCUUCUGAUUCCUCAACUGGAUCUCCUGGAAACCAUGGUAAUCAUUACAGUGAUGGUCCCAAUCCAGAAGUGGAAAGCUGUUUGCCCGGAGUGAUAAUGUCACUGCAUCCCCGAUACAUCUCUUUCCUUUGGCAAGUUGCAGAUUUGGGUAGCAGCCUAAAUAUGCCACCUCUUCGAGAUGGAGCAAGAGUACUUAUGAAACUUAUGCCACCAGAUAGCACAACAAUAGAAAAACUCAGAGCUAUUUGUUUAGAUCAUGCCAAACUUGGAGAAAGCAGCCUUAGCCCAUCUCUUGAUUCACUUUUCUUCGGCCCUUCAGCCUCACAAGUGCUAUAUCUAACAGAGGUUGUCUAUGCCUUGUUAAUGCCUGCUGGUGCACCUCUAGCUGAUGAGCCGUCUGAUUUUCAAUUUCACUUCUUGAAAAGUGGUGGCUUACCCCUUGUCCUGAGUAUGCUAACCAGAAAUAACUUUUUACCAAAUGCCGACAUGGAAACUCGAAGGGGUGCCUACCUCAAUGCUCUCAAAAUAGCCAAAUUAUUGCUCACUGCUAUUGGCUAUGGCCAUGUUCGAGCUGUGGCAGAAGCGUGUCAGCCAGGUGUAGAAGGCGUGAAUUCUUUGACAUCGGUCACCCAAGUUACUCAUGAUCAAGCUGUGGUGCUACAAAAUGCCCUUCAGACCAUUCCUAAUCCAUCAUCUGAGUGCAUGCUUAGAAAUGUGUCAAUUCGCCUUGCUCAGCAAAUAUCUGAUGAGGCUUCAAAAUAUAUGCCUGAUAUAUGUGUAAUUAGAGCUAUACAGAAAAUUAUCUGGGCAUCAGGAUGUGGGGCAUUACAGCUUGUAUUUAGCCCAAAUGAAGAAAUCACUAAAAUUUAUGAGAAGACCAAUGCAGGCAAUGAACCAGACUUGGAAGAUGAGCAAGUUUGCUGUGAAGCUUUGGAAGUGAUGACAUUAUGUUUUGCCUUGAUUCCGACAGCCUUAGAUGCUCUUAGCAAAGAAAAGGCAUGGCAAACAUUCAUUAUUGAUUUACUGUUGCACUGUCAUAGCAAAACUGUUCGCCAGGUGGCCCAGGAGCAGUUCUUUCUAAUGUGCACCAGAUGUUGCAUGGGACACAGGCCUCUGCUAUUCUUCAUUACUCUGCUCUUUACCGUUUUGGGGAGUACAGCCAAAGAGAGAGCUAAACAUUCAGGCGACUACUUCACUCUUCUCAGACACCUUCUCAAUUAUGCCUACAAUAGUAAUAUUAACAUGCCCAAUGCUGAAGUUCUUCUCAAUAAUGAAAUUGAUUGGCUUAAGAGAAUUAGGGAUGAUGUUAAAAGAACAGGUGAAACAGGUGUUGAAGAGACAAUCUUGGAAGGCCACCUUGGGGUAACAAAAGAGUUACUGGCCUUUCAAACUCCUGAGAAAAAGUAUCAUAUUGGUUGUGAAAAAGGAGGUGCUAAUCUCAUUAAAGAAUUGAUUGAUGAUUUCAUCUUCCCUGCAUCUAAUGUUUACCUGCAAUAUAUGAGAAAUGGAGAACUGCCUGCAGAACAGGCCAUUCCUGUUUGUGGUUCACCAGCUACCAUUAAUGCUGGUUUUGAGUUACUUGUAGCAUUAGCUGUUGGCUGUGUGAGGAAUCUCAAACAGAUAGUAGAUUCUUUGACUGAAAUGUAUUAUAUUGGCACAGCAAUAACUACCUGUGAAGCACUUACUGAGUGGGAAUACCUGCCUCCUGUUGGACCCCGCCCACCGAAGGGUUUUGUGGGUCUGAAAAAUGCUGGUGCUACUUGUUACAUGAAUUCUGUGAUACAGCAACUCUACAUGAUUCCAUCCAUCAGGAAUGGUAUUCUUGCAAUUGAGGGCACAGGUAGUGACGUUGAUGAUGAUAUGUCUGGGGAUGAGAAGCAAGACAGCGAGGGGUUACUCCUGGCUCUACACUCAGGAAUUACUCCUGGUGGUUCUCGGGGACCAAAUGGGAUGCUGGGGACAGAACCCGGGUCGGCCGUAUGCAAGAGCAAUGUUGAUCCCAGAGAUGAUGUGUUUGGGUAUCCUCAACAAUUUGAAGACAAACCGGCAUUAAGUAAAACAGAAGAUAGAAAAGAAUAUAAUAUUGGAGUUCUUAGACACCUUCAGGUCAUUUUUGGACAUUUAGCUGCUUCUCGACUACAGUACUAUGUGCCGAGAGGAUUUUGGAAACAGUUUAGGCUUUGGGGUGAACCUGUUAAUCUGCGUGAGCAACAUGAUGCUUUAGAAUUCUUUAAUUCGUUGGUCGAUAGUUUAGAUGAAGCUUUGAAAGCCUUAGGGCAUCCAGCUAUGCUGAGUAAAGUCUUAGGAGGUUCCUUUGCUGAUCAAAAGAUUUGUCAAGGCUGCCCACACAGAUACGAAUGUGAAGAAUCUUUUACGACUUUGAAUGUAGACAUUAGAAAUCACCAAAAUCUUCUUGAUUCUUUGGAACAAUAUGUCAAAGGAGAUUUAUUAGAAGGUGCAAAUGCAUAUCAUUGUGAAAAAUGCAACAAAAAGGUUGAUACUGUAAAGCGCUUGCUAAUUAAAAAGUUGCCUCCUGUUCUUGCUAUUCAACUUAAACGAUUUGAUUAUGACUGGGAAAGAGAAUGUGCAAUCAAGUUCAAUGAUUAUUUUGAAUUUCCUCGAGAGCUAGACAUGGAACCAUACACAGUUGCAGGUGUUGCAAAACUGGAAGGAGAUAAUGUAAACCCUGAGAGUCAGCUCAUACAACAGAAUGAGCAGUCUGAGAGUGAGGCAGCAGGAAGCACAAAGUACAGACUUGUAGGUGUGCUCGUCCACAGUGGUCAAGCAAGUGGAGGACAUUACUAUUCUUACAUUAUUCAAAGGAAUGGUGGAGAUGGUGAGAGAAAUCGCUGGUAUAAAUUUGAUGAUGGAGAUGUGACAGAGUGUAAAAUGGAUGAUGACGAAGAAAUGAAAAACCAGUGUUUUGGUGGAGAGUACAUGGGAGAAGUAUUUGAUCAUAUGAUGAAGCGUAUGUCCUACAGACGUCAGAAAAGGUGGUGGAAUGCUUAUAUUCUUUUCUAUGAACGAUUGGACACAAUAGACCAAGGUGAUGAAUUGAUCAGAUACAUAUCAGAGCUUGCCGUCUCCGCAAGACCCCAUCAGAUAACUAUGCCGUCAGCCAUUGAAAGAAGUGUACGGAAACAGAAUGUGCAGUUCAUGCAUAACCGAAUGCAGUAUAGUUUGGAAUAUUUUCAGUUUAUGAAAAAACUGCUAACAUGCAAUGGUGUAUACUUAAAUCCUCCUCCGGGACAGGAUCAUCUGUUGCCUGAAGCAGAAGAAAUCACCAUGAUAAGUAUUCAGCUUGCUGCUCGGUUCCUUUUUACCACAGGAUUUCAUACCAAGAAAAUAGUCCGUGGCUCUGCCAGUGAUUGGUAUGAUGCAUUAUGUAUCCUCCUUCGUCACAGCAAGAACGUGCGUUUUUGGUUUGCACAUAAUGUCCUCUUUAAUGUUUCAAAUCGCUUUUCUGAAUACCUUCUGGAGUGCCCAAGUGCAGAAGUAAGGGGUGCAUUUGCAAAACUUAUAGUUUUUAUUGCACAUUUUUCCUUACAAGAUGGGCCGUGUCCUUCACCUUUUGCUUCUCCUGGACCUUCCAGCCAGGCUUAUGACAACUUAAGCCUGAGCGAUCACUUACUAAGAGCAGUACUAAAUCUUUUGAGAAGGGAAGUUUCUGAGCAUGGGCGUCAUUUACAGCAGUAUUUCAACCUGUUUGUAAUGUAUGCCAAUUUAGGGGUGGCAGAGAAGACACAGCUCCUAAAAUUGAGUGUUCCUGCUACCUUCAUGCUUGUGUCUUUAGAUGAAGGUCCAGGUCCUCCAAUCAAAUACCAGUAUGCUGAAUUAGGCAAAUUAUACUCGGUAGUAUCACAGCUGAUCCGUUGUUGCAAUGUCUCAUCAAGAAUGCAGUCUUCAAUCAAUGGCAAUCCUCCUCUUCCCAAUCCUUUCGGUGAUGCAAACUUAUCACAGCCUAUAAUGCCAAUUCAGCAGAAUGUGGCUGACAUUUUAUUUGUAAGAACAAGUUAUGUGAAGAAAAUUAUUGAAGACUGCAGUAACUCAGAGGAAACCAUCAAGUUGCUUCGCUUUUGCUGUUGGGAAAAUCCUCAGUUUUCAUCUACUGUCCUCAGUGAACUGCUCUGGCAGGUUGCGUAUUCCUACACUUACGAACUCCGGCCCUAUUUGGAUCUGCUUCUGCAAAUCUUACUGAUCGAAGACUCUUGGCAAACUCACAGAAUCCACAAUGCACUUAAAGGAAUCCCAGAUGACCGAGAUGGACUAUUUGACACAAUCCAGCGCUCUAAGAAUCACUAUCAAAAAAGAGCGUACCAGUGUAUAAAAUGUAUGGUAGCUCUCUUCAGCAAUUGUCCUGUUGCUUACCAAAUUCUGCAGGGUAAUGGAGAUCUUAAAAGAAAGUGGACCUGGGCAGUGGAAUGGCUUGGAGAUGAACUUGAAAGACGACCAUACACUGGCAAUCCUCAGUACACUUAUAAUAAUUGGUCUCCUCCAGUACAAAGCAAUGAGACAUCAAAUGGUUAUUUUUUAGAGAGAUCACAUAGUGCAAGGAUGACACUUGCAAAAGCUUGCGAGCUCUGUCCUGAGGAGGUAAAAAAAAAAGGAAUGGAAGAGAACAAAGAGCCAGAUGACCAAGAGGCCCCAGAUGAGCACGAAUCACCUCCACCUGAAGAUGCUCCACUGUAUCCCCAUUCUCCUGGGUCUCAGUAUCAGCAGAAUAACCACGUGCAUGGACAGCCAUAUACUGGCCCUGCAGCGCAUCACAUGAACAACCCUCAGAGAACUGGCCAACGAGCACAAGAGAACUAUGAAGGCAGUGAAGAAGUAUCCCCACCUCAGACAAAGGAUCAGUGAAAAUGUACAUCAUUAGCUGGUUUCAUCAAGACUGUGCACCCAGGCCUUACUGUCCACCUUUUUCUGUGUCUGGCUAAUAUUUAAAAUUAGAACAACUAUUCCUAAUCAACACGGAGUAGUGGGAAGUUAUUCACUGUCUUACCUGCAGAAGUUUGCUGUCAAUAUAUAACCCGCCUGCAGUGGAAAGUGUAUAGUGUUUUGUAAUAAAUGGCCUGAUGCUAAUGUGUAAAUGGCAAAGGUGUAUAUAGUAUAUUAAUGUUUGACUGUUAAUUCUUAAGCAAGAACCUUUUUUCUUGAUGAGACACACAGAUAUACAAAAACUACAAAAGUUAAUUUUCUUGUUAUACUCAAUGCACUCUGCAACCAGUGUUGCCUGCCUGAUGGCAGUUGGAUCAGCUCCUUUACAAAACCACAACAUACACCAACAGUAACAAAUCAGAGCCCAUCCAUGUCACCACACCUAUAGUUUCAUGUUAAUUCUUUGCCACUGGAGUCAGUUUUACUCUGAGCAAUGUAAGGCUGGUAACCUUUAAAUUAUUUGAUGUGGAAAAUUGGUGAUGUAACAUUGUUUCUAGAUCUUUUUCAUUGACUUUUUAUUCUGAUAUUAGGUUAAUCACUUUGAAGCUGUAGUUAUGCUGUAACAUUUAGCAUGGCUUCACACCAAGUUAGUGUAGCCACUGAGGAAAAAUUUCCAUAAUGACUUAUGGUUGUCCCGAUGUGACAGCUGUGUUGCUCGAGCUUUUCCUUCUUACACCUAGAAUUAAAAUAGAAAGCAAGGGGAGAGAUGAGAACAAGCAGUUACACAUCCAUUGCUCUUACCUAAUGUCUGACAGUUGAAUCUCUGGGUGGGACAGUAUCAGCAUUGGGAAUUUUAAAAGGAAUACACAGAAAUUGGAGAUGCUAAUGUCCGAAGCAUAUUAGAAAGCUGUAUUUGGUGUUCUUGUUUUGUUUGGUAGUUUACUAGGUGAAUUUUCUAAAAUUUUCCUUCUGCUGGAUCCCAGUUCAUUGAAGGCAUCAGAAUCUCACAGUCCUUGGGAGCACCACUGCACCAGGAUGUCUCGUGAGUUUCUGCUCACUCACAAUUUUACUUGAAAGCAACAGUUGUCCUAGGUCCUUUUUCAUUCCAAAAAUGAUAACAAUCAAAAGCAGGAUCUAAUUCAAAAACCUACUGGUUAGUCAUAAUUGAGAUCAUCAUUUUGAAAUGAACACUUAAUUAAAGAUAAGGAACUCAUCAGUUAAUACUGUAUUUAAAAGACAUUGGUCAUUUGAACAUGUGUAAUUUUUUGGGAACCUGUCUAAAAACCAAAUACUCCUGCAAACAGUCCAUCCUAUUCUAUUAAAUACUUUGCUUUUUAUUUUGCCGAAAUCACAAAUAGUAUUUGAUUUAAGAAGAACUUGUCCUGUGGUGUCUUUGUUUUGUUACCUUUCUGUCCUGUUGGGUUUUUUGGUUGUUUUUUUUUGUUUGUUUUUGUUUUUUAAGGACUACAUACUAAACUUCUGUGCAUGGCAUGCCUAGGCAUGACAUACUGAUUUCAGGAGUUCAGUCACAUUGAGCUUUUUGUGCACAGAAAAGAUUUGACCUUUGGCCCUUUCUAAAGAUGUAGGGAAAAAACAGGAUGUUGACACUGUAAAAGUUUCCUAACAUAAUCUUGUACUUUUUGUAUGUUUUUAUAUACAUGUAUAUUUAAUGAGCACAAGCUUGGUUGUAUUUUUUACAAUUUAGUUAAUAGGGAAAUGUUUUGUCAAAAAGGCUAUAGUUGGAACGAAAAGCAGAAGCAGAAUUGAGAAUUGCGUUAUUUUGUGAUUAAAGGGGGCAGGUAUUUAAGGUAAAGCUUUGGGUAUCUUAUUUGCAGUCUGUGCUUCUAGGUUUUCUGCAAUAUAGGAAAAUUUGGCACCAGAUAGAUCCUGUUUUUAAGAAUAUUAAUCUGAAUUUGUUAAGUGUGAGCAAAAGUCCUACACAGUGUUUGCAAUUCCAACUGAUCAUCGUAACUUUAAGAUUCCACAAGCUGCUUCUCCUCAACAUCGAGGAAAGCGAGUUAACUUUAUUUGGACUUGUUGCUAUUGUGUUAAAAUAUACCACCACCUCUCCAUCCAAGAGGUGAUUUUAUAUUUUCUGCUCCUUAACAAAAGUGUAGAAUGUACUUAAUUUUUAAAAUUAUGAUUUUCCUAGAUGUGAAAAACUUGACAUUUUAAAAGGCUGUGAAUUUUUCUUCUUGGAGGGAGAUCCCACCUUGGUUGCUUUGAAUCGACAAGUCCUCUUGUGCCCAGAGGACUUGGGAAUCAUUUUCCCCUCCACCUGAGGAAGAGCGGUCUGUGUUGUGGCCUAGAACUGGGGAAAGUGAAGAGAGUUGUUUCUGUUUGUUUGUGCAAAUUAUUUUCUAUAUUUAACUCUUAAGCAAGCAUUAAUGUAUAACCGGAAAUUUUAAAAUGCAUGUUAUUGUAAGAGCAACAUAGUGGUGAUUUUGAGGUCUUUUUCUGAACAUAAAUGGCACAUUUUAAACUUCAAGUCUUCAAAGUGCCUAAAUAUUAUUUAAUUCUCCCUCAACUGAUUUCUUGAGCCAUAUAUAUUUCCUAUUUUAAAUGUUGGUUGCAGAAUCAUUAGUUUUCCUUUCAAAGAAGUACCCCCAGAAUUCUAAGUGGCAUGAUUCCUCUAUAGAAGACAGUAGAAUCUGUUAACAAAGACUGAAAAUAUUUUCAUGGUUAAUCUGUAUGAAACAAGGGCUUUUGCCCUGUUGGAUCUAAGUAUUUCAGUGCACAAGUUGGUUUUAAAAACAAAAAAACAUAUUGCUGCUGUUUCUAAGCCCUCCACCAACCAAAAUUUCAUGUUCAGCAUUGUAGAGGCAGAUAUAAGAACCUAAUCAUUUGGAGUUUUUGUCAUUGAUUUUUCCCGAUAAUUUCCCAACCUUGUGUCUUCUAGCUGUUAUGUAUACAAAUUUAGAACUAUUAUUAAAAUGUUUUCUAUUUUUUUCAUGAUUAACGUUUAUUAGUGAACAAGUAACAAGUAGUCUUAGUCUUAGUAGCUAAAAAGACGAGCAGCCUUUUUUAUUUGAAUUACAUUUGUAAAUGAAAGCAACAGUAUGUGAAUAUUCAGAUGACUACUCCAAAUAGUUCUUUAGUUUUCUAAUAGUAUUUUUCCAGCUUAUGUUCUCCCAUAAGAACUCUUUGCUGAAUUUUGUGAUUAAUUUGGUGGAUAUAUCCUGCCUUAUUUAGAAUUAUAACUGGAUAAGAAAAUUGCCUUUUCAUUAUAAGUGCCCAAUGUUGGUCUCCUGUUUGAAGGUACUGCCGAGAAACUAAAACAACACUCUCCCCCACCUGCUCCCCCAGUUUUUGUUAACCAUUCAGUACUGGUGUCAUAGUAGGGUUCAACCAAAAUUGGUCCUGCACCUACAAUGAGUGUUUAGUGUUUGAAAGUAAGGUUUGGGAUGUGAUAAAUCACCAAUAAGUGCUAAAUGUAUUAAGAACUUGCUGCCGAUUGUAUUUAUAACUAUUUUACGUUUGCACUUUUCCUUGAAAUUUAUAAGAAGAAGGGGAAAGGUGUACCAUGUUUUAAAAAUUGCGAAAUGGAAGGUUUUUUUUUUUUUAACCCAGAUUCCUAAAUGGAAAUCUCACCACCCAGUUCAUACACUUCUCAGCCUUUACAAGCCAACAGACUGAAGAUUGUCCACAGUUCCUAAGAUUUAGCACAUAUACAGAAAUAAAACUUAAUAAAUUAAAUUUCGGUUUCCCCUUUUGUUUAUUAAAAGAAAAUUUCUAAAUAAAGGUAAUACAGGUGGGAUUGAGGUCAAAGGAAACUUAAAUCUGAAAUUAUAUUCAGACCAAAAUUCAAAAGUUGAAUUUGGGCCAGAUAUCAUAGAGGUUUCGAGCACACGUGUGCCCGUCCAUAUUAGUGCAGCCUGCGGAAGCACAGGGACCCUAGCACCAUCAAGGUGACCCUGGCGUUCCGACUCACUGCAGUCCCUGAACAGCACCACAUCCGUAGGCCCUUUGAACUGCCAGCCAGGUUGUUCGGGAAUUGCCAAGAGUGUCCCCCAAUGCCCCGAGCACUGCUCCCGAGGUCCCCCUCUAAAGUUGUGAUGGGGCCAGGGCAGGUAGAGCGCUUGCCUUGUCUACAGCUGUCCCGGGUUUGAUCCCUGUGCAGUGCCAAGAGUAAUCCCUGAACACCAGGUAUGACCACACACACACACAAUAGUUGUGGGGCUGGAGUGAUGGUACAGUGGGUAGGGUGUUUGCCUUGCACACGGCUGACCCAGGUUUGAUUCCCAGCAUCCCAUAUUGCCCCCUAAACACCUCCAGGGGUGAAUCCUGAGUGCAAAGCCAGGAGUAGCCCCUGUGCAUUGCCGGAUGUGACGCAUCUAAUACCUUGCUUAUGGGUUCUAAAGCCAGUAUGUAUUAAACACAUUUUAGUGUUUCUCCAAAGAGUCCAUUUACGUCUAAAAUGGAUCUGGAAGGACCAGAGAAAGUACAGGGAUUAAGGUAGUUCCCUCGACUCUAGAUCAGCCUUUGGUACAGCUAGGUGUGUAAAUCUCCCUGCCCACCCCCAAAUUUGACUAAGCUCAAAGGAUUGGAGCUAAAUGGUUUGCAUGCAGGAGCCCGGGUUUGGUCCUGGUCACUGCAUGGUUCCCGAAGCACUGCCCAGCAGUGACACUUGCACACUAAACCAACACAAUACAGGACAUCAUUUGAAGAGAUUUAGAAAAAUGGGAAUUUACCUAAAAAUGGAAGUAGCAAACUGUGUGUUCUGUUUUAUAGUGCUGAAAAGACGCUAUAUUCAAAAAGCCUUGUAAGAACCGUGUUUGCCUCAAGUUGGGUUACAGGUUACUUCAAGUACUACCAAAAAAAAAAAACCUCAUUUUCAUUUUUUCUUUUCUUUCUGGCUUUGUUUACUUGGCCAUAGCCAGUGGUGUUCAAGGCUUAUUCCUGGCUCUACGCUCAGGGAUCACUCCUGGUGGGCUCAGCGGACCAUAGGGAGUAGCAGGGAUCGAACUUGGGUUGGCUGUGUGCAUGCAAGUGCCUUAACUGCGCCACUAUCGCUCCAGCCCAGACCAUCUGUGCUUUCGGACACGCUGUGUACCAGUAGAGUAGCUCUUAGCCAGGCAGCUUGAUCGCCCACUAGGGAGCCGCUUUUUUGAAUCAGAGGUGGGACAACAACUCUAAAACUGCUAAUAGGCAGAGGCCAGAGCAUGGUCCAGUGGGCUUGCCUUGCAUGUGGCUGACCUGGUUUUGAUCCCUGGCACCCCAAAUGGUCCUCCGACACCACCAGAAGUAAUUUCUGAGUGCUGGGAGUAAGCCCUUAGCGACUCCCAAAAACAAACUAAUAAUCGGCUCCCCCCCCCACCCUCACUGGCAGUGAAGCACACUGAACACUUAGUCUGACACAUUUCCUUUUUGUUUUUGUGUUGGGGGCCCCCAGGGCUACAUUGCACCAGAGCAGACAGUGCUCCUGUUAGACACCAACCUUGGGACUGCUGACAGUAAAACUAGCCACAUACUGUCCACGUACUGUUCGGCCAAGUUAAGGUACAUGCUUUGCACCCAGCUGUGCUCACUCAACUCUGAAGCUCCUUGCUAGCCCCUGGAGUUUGCCAGAGACACUCUGGUAAGGCUCCCUGGUAAGACACGGGAAAAUAUGCUCUGACUCUGAGCCGUGUGAAAGAAGUUUGUCUCCCUUUUCAAUCACAUGAUUAAUCUCAUCUUACUUCCCUGCUAUCUUGUCGAGUAUGCGCAAUGCUUCCUUGAAGUUAGUCCUGAAUGCUUUAUUUUUUGUUGAUGUUUGCUUGUUUGGGGAUUGUUAGCUUGUUUGUUUUGGGGCCACACCGGCUGUGCUCAGGACUUAACUCUUGGCUCUGUGCUCAGGGAACACUCCUGGUGGGUCUGAAGGACCAUAGGGGAUGCCAGGGAUCUAAACGGGUCAGCUGCAUGCAAGGCAAGUACCAGCUGUACUAUCACUCAGCCCCAAGGCUUGAAUAAAUCUUGCAUGCUUUAAUCAGUGCUUUGUUUGACUCCACGCUGGAAUGUAGUUUUAGGGGAAAAAUAUGAUGGUAGUCUUUGAGUCACAUGUCAAGGGUUCCAGGCCCAACCCACUGUGCAGUGUAUGGGCCAGAUGAAUAAAGCUGCUUGUCCGUCUCUCCA